AUGGCCCCAGUCACCCGUUUACUCCUCGGUGCCUCUCUGCUAUUGCUGCUGCUGGCCACCAGCCACCAGGCUACAGGGUUAAUUGUGGCCACUGAGCUGCGCUGUCAGUGCCUGAAGACCCUACCAAGGAUUGAUUUCGAGGACAUCAAGAGCUUGAAGGUGACGCCCCCAGGACCGCACUGCACCCAGACAGAAGUCAUAGCCACUCUCAAGGAUGGUCAAGAAGUUUGCCUCGACCCUGAAGGCCCUAGGCUUCAGAAGAUCAUCCAAAAGAUACUAAAGAACGCCAAGUCCAGCUGACCCCAGAAGGGAGGAAGCCCUGGUCCUGAUGGAGGAACCUGCCUUCUAAAGCAGAGGAGAAAAAUGAUCCUGCCAUACACCAUCGAAAUGAAGCUUCUCCUGCUUGCUUUGAAUAACUCCUGAAAGUCCAUAUUUAUUUAUUUUCCCCCAGAUUCUAUGUUAAUAUUUUACAUGU